GUGAUAUAUAACAGUGUUCCGUUUCUGUUUGGAUUCAACAAAAAUAACCACACAAAAAAUGGAGACCUGGUUCAUCUUCCUUAUCUCCCUCUGCAUUUGCUCUCUUUGCACCUCCAUUUUUACCCAUUUCCGAAGCUCCACUAAGCUUCCACCAGGCCCUCCUUCAAUCCCCAUCCUCACCAAUUUGCUAUGGCUUCGUAGAUCCUCCCUCCAAAUCGAGUCUCUACUCCGGAGUUUCGUCUCUAAAUAUGGUCCCGUCGUCACCCUCCGCAUCGGCUCCAGAUCCACUGUCUUCAUCGCCGACCGCUCAAUUGCCCACAAGAUCCUCGUCCAAAACGGUGCUCUAUUUGCUGAUCGUCCACCGGCGUUAACUGUUGGCAAGGUCAUGACCUCCAACCAACACAAUAUUAGCUCUGCCUCUUACGGCCCACUCUGGCGCCUCCUACGUCGCAAUCUCACUUCCCAAAUCCUCCAUCCUUCCCGUGUCAGGUCCUACAGCCAAGCUCGCAAGUGGGUUUUGGAUAUUCUUCUUAAUCGCCUUCAAUCUCAGUCUGAAUCGGGGAACCCUGUUUCAGUCAUAGACAAUUUUCAGUACGCAAUGUUUUGUUUGUUGGUGUUGAUGUGUUUUGGGGAUAAGCUUGAGGAAUCCCAGAUCCACGAAGUCGAGAACGUGGAGCGAGAGCUUAUAUUGAGUUUUCCGCGUUUCAACAUUCUCAAUUUCUGGCCUAAAUUCACAAAGAUUUUGCUUCGGAAACGCUGGGAGGCGCUUCUCCAACUAAAAAGGAACAAAGAGAAGGUUCUAAUUCCUUUGAUUGAAGCUCGAAGGAAGGCUAAUCAAAACAGAGCAAACCGAGCUCAAACUGAUGAAAGAGAAGAAGAGUUCGUGCUGUCAUAUGUUGAUACGCUGCUCGAAUUGGAGCUGCCCGACGAGAAGAGAAAGCUUACCGAUGACGAAAUGGUCACUUUAUGCUCUGAAUUCCUCAACGCCGGCACCGACACAACAUCCACGGCCUUGCAAUGGAUAAUGGCGAAUUUAGUGAAAUGCCCAGAAAUCCAAAACAAGCUUUUUGCAGAGAUGAAAAGAGUACUGGGAGAUGAAUCAAGAGAGGAGGUGAAAGAAGAGGAUUUGGGGAAGCUUCCAUAUUUGAAAGCUGUGAUUUUAGAAGGAUUAAGAAGACACCCACCAGCGCAUUUCGUGCUGCCACAUGCAGUGAAAGAAGAUACAGAGUUGGGAAAUUAUGUGAUACCAAAGAAUGGGACUGUAAAUUUCAUGGUGGCCGAAAUGGGAUGGGAUCCGGAAAUGUGGGAAGAUCCGACGGCGUUUAAGCCCGAGAGGUUCAUGAAAGGUGGGAAAGAAGAAGAAGUAGCAGAGUUUGAUAUAACAGGGAGCAAGGAGAUAAAGAUGAUGCCGUUUGGCGUAGGGAGGAGGAUAUGUCCAGGAUGGGGCGUGGCGAUUCUCCAUUUAGAGUAUUUCAUAGCUAAUUUGGUCUGGCGGUUCGAAUGGAAGGCCGUGGACGGAGACGAAGUUGAUAUGUCGGAGAAGGAAGAGCUCACCGUCGUCAUGAAAAAGCCUCUUGAAGCCAACAUACAUCCAAGGAUUCAUAUUGAGAACUGAUUCUGCGGUAUUAUAAGUUUUUUUAGGGCUAGAUUAUAGAAAUUACCCUUUCAACUUGAAAGGAAUGUUGGAUAGGUUACUCUGUUAUAUUUGAAGUCCUGUUAUAAUAGUUGGUAUUUCAAACCAUCAAUAACUUAUGAUCAAUAACAAUAUUACUAUACUAAAUUUCAAAUUCCUUUUUAUUA